GGCGUCCUGAUGGGAGAAGAGUUUUGGAGGCAAAGGGAAAUUCAGAAAUAAAAAUAACAACAUUCGGGUUGGAAAAUUCUGGUGCGCGUUUUGGGUUUUGCUUCAAGCGUUUUGAGAUUUUUUUUUUUUUGAAGGAUUACUAAAAGUUUAUCGAGGUUAAAAAGCAAGAAAACAAGAGAAACAACAAAAAAAGAAGAAAGAAAGAAAACAAGAAUAAAUUGCUUACUUUUUCACAUUGGAUCUUGGGGACACCUAGACAGCUGACAUUUUAAAACUUUUACUCUUUGGAUUUUCUGGAUUUUAUUUUUUUUUUUUCCUUGUCGGAUUUCUAUUUGUUCUUCUAUUUUUUCUUCUCUUGAAGAUUACUAAGAAAGCCGACUUCUUCCAAGAAGAAACGCUCAUCUGUGGAAAGUUCUAGCGCAGUCAGAGCUCUUCACUGGAGCGAUGAGAUGAUGAGAUCUGAUUCACGGAACCGGAGCGGACCGAAACCCGACAAAACAAUGAUCGGAUCAAACCUAUUCACUCUGAUGCUCAUGACACUGAUGCGCUUCUGCACUGCGGAACAUGUAUCAGGGCUGCACUUUGUGGAGAGCCCUGAGAACGUAACUUCCUCUCUGGGUAAGCCGGUUGUGGUGCAGUGCAUUCUGCGGGGGGACGGGGUGGACCAGGAGCCCCUGGACGUACACUGGCUGAGGGAGGGACAGCUGCUGGACUUAGCUGACACUAACCAGAUGCAGGUGCCCGUGGAUGAGGACAGCUGGCUGGUGACCAGCAAACUCAAGAUUGAGGAGGUAAAGCUCUCAGAUAUGGGCGCCUAUCAAUGUGUGGUUUACUCUGAUUUAGAGGAGACUUUAUCCAUUGAAGGACACAUACAGCUGGAAGGUCUCCCUCAUUUCUCAGUGGAGCCGCAUCAUAUGUCAGUGGUGGCUAAUGUUGGGCUCCAUUUGAGUUGUGUGGCUCACGGUCCUCCUGAUCCGGUUCGGGUCAUCUGGCUGCAGGACGGGGCUCAACUCAAUAAUCUAGAUGACCCAAUAUCCCUCUCACCCUCAACACUCAACAUCUCAGGUUUGAAUAAAACCAGCUCUUUCUCCUGUGAGGCUCACAAUCGUAAAGGUGUGGCGUCGUCUGGGACAGGUGUUGUGACAGUCCUCCCCGCUGAGCCCCAUGACAUUAAAGCUGAAGACAUCACGAAUUCAAGCAUCCAUCUGUCCUGGCAGACAGGCUUUGGAGGAAUCUAUUCCAUCAACCACUGCACUGUUGAGGUUAAACCUUCUGGCGAAGACUCCGUCGUGAAUGCUGAUCACAUGAUCAACAACCAGAAUGUUAAUGGACCAAUCACCAGCCGCCUGGUCUCAGACCUGGAACCUUUCAGCCAAUACGAUUUUAGAGUGGCCUGCGAGAACAGCCAGGGUGUCUCUGAUUGGACGGCAUGGGUAACCAUUAGUACCAAUGAAGGCGUUCCGGAUUCAUCACCAGAGAAUGUCACUGCUGUGGUGAACGGGACAGAAGUUCUGCUGAGAUGGUCGGAACCUUCUGGAAAGAUAAAUGGGCAGCUGCAGGGAUACAUGAUGGAGUACUGUGCUCCUCAUAUGCAACAGGUUGUGGUGGACAUGGGUUUGGACACAGAACUGUUUCUCAAUCUGUCUGCCCCCCAAUCCAAUGUGUCCUUCAGAGUGUGUGCGUACACUGGUGCGGGACAGGGGCCCUGGACACCCCUCCAAACCAUCACACUUACAUCUUCAGAAAUGCUGCUUCCCUCUAGAGGUCUGUCGAGUCAUCCAGCAUUCUCAUGGCACUGGUGGUAUGUGGUGAUGGCCAUCGCUUUUGCCAUCGCUCUCGCGGUGCUCUUGGCAGUGUACGUGACUAGGCUAAGGCGGAAGGAGACGCGCUUCGGCGAGGCGUUUGAGCCCAUGAUGGAGAGUGGUGAACUUGUUGUUCGAUAUCGAGCUCGCCGAACGUACAGUCGACGCACAACUGAAGCCACAUUAAACUCUCUGGGGAUCAGCGACGAGCUCAAACAAAAGUUACAGGACGUGAUGGUGGACAGACACAAACUAACGCUGGGAAAAACACUGGGAGAAGGUGAGUUUGGCUCUGUUAUGGAGGGUUUGCUAACUCAAGAGGACUCUGUGCUCAAAGUGGCUGUGAAGACCAUGAAAAUUGCUAUCUGCACUCGCACUGAAAUGGAAGAUUUUCUGCGAGAGGCGGCCUGCAUGAAAGAGUUUGACCAUCAGAACGUCAUGAGGCUUCUGGGUGUGUGUCUGCAGACAGUGGAAAGUGAAGGUUAUCCAUCUCCUGUUGUUAUUUUGCCCUACAUGAAGCAUGGAGACCUGCACAGCUACCUGCUGUACUCCAGACUGGGCGACUCACCUGUGUUCCUGCCCUCUCAGAUGCUGGUGAAGUUCAUGGCAGAUAUUGCUAGAGGUAUGGAGUAUCUGAGCAACAAAAACUUCAUUCAUAGGGACCUGGCGGCUCGAAACUGCAUGUUAAACGAGAACAUGAACGUGUGUGUGGCUGACUUUGGCCUGUCGAAGAAGAUCUAUAAUGGAGAUUAUUACAGACAGGGCCGCAUCUCUAAGAUGCCUGUAAAGUGGAUCGCAAUUGAGAGCCUGGCAGACAGAGUGUACACCACCAAGAGUGAUGUGUGGUCAUUUGGAGUGACAAUGUGGGAGAUAGCGACUCGUGGUCAGACGCCGUACCCUGGUGUGGAGAACAGUGAAAUCUAUGAUUAUCUGAGACAGGGCAACCGACUCAAACAACCUCCAGACUGUCUGGACAGCAUUUAUUCCCUGAUGUUCUCCUGCUGGUUAUUGAGCCCAAAGGACCGGCCAAGAUUUGAGAUCUUGCGCUGUGAGCUUGAAAAGGUCCUGGAAGAUCUGCCGAGCCAAGACCCAGAUGAGAUACUCUAUGUCAAUAUGGAGGAGUCUUCCGGCGAGCUGGGGGCCAUGGGGGGCCGUGACCCCAUAAUGGGGCUCCCUUGUGCACUCGGGGCCCUGAAGGGCUCAGGCACAGUGGCCACUGUGGAAGUCCACCACCCCAGCCGGUACGUGAUUUGCCCUCAGCACGAGAACCAGCGGCUGUUCAACACCGACUCCAUGGAGAGUCUCAACCUUAUGGGGUCUACACCCACUCUGGCGCUCCAACCUUCGUCCUGUUCCACUCCAGUGCCGCCCUUUGAAACUCAAGCCCCUGAGGAGAGAGAUGGCCCAGGUAGCAAGAAAGUGCCCUGGCAUUGAUGCCACAGUGACUGACAUUGACUUAUACUGCCUCUUGUGGAGAGCUGAGUUACUGCUCCUAUCCCAAUUUUGCACAAACAUUCCACAAAAGUUUUUCCUUUGCUUUUCAAAUGAUCUUUACUGUUUAGUGUAGAUUAUGAGAGGUGUAUGGAUCAUGAAUUAUAUUUUCCAACCAGGUGUGAUGCGAAAAGUUUCCAUUAUGCAAAGUCAAAAAACUUUGCAUACUAUCACAAGCAUGUGUGUAUACAGGAUAUGCAGGAUAAUUCAAAUGAUCUUUUUAUAUGAUUAAUUAGGUUUUUACUAUUAAAAACUGUUGAAAUUCCUACGUAAUAGUAAAGAUUAUUAUGAAUAUGAAAUUAAUUCUUGAUAUCAGUAAUUACAUUGUUGAUAUCGCAAUGCUCAUUUGCACUAGUAACAAUUAAAACUAGUAAAAAUGCUAAUUUGUUACAUCUCUAAUUUGGUUUUCACUAGUGACAAAGUUAAUGUCAGAUAUUUUUAGUGCUAUUAUAACUAGUAAGAAAGCCUGUUAAGAUACUGUAUCUUUAAUUACUCUUACAUUUAUCGAUAAUCCAUUUCCAGAUAUUUGAAACACCAAAUCUUAAAAAGUUGAAAUAAAUGUACAAAUAACAAUAAUUAGCAUUUUUACUAGUUGUAAUUGAACAGUCGGUAUCGGAAUGGGCAUUCGCACUAGUAGCAAUGUAGUUAUUGAUAUCAAAAAUGUCUAUCGUAUUCAUAUUUUUUUAAUAAUGAUUCUGUCACAUCCAGAUUUUCCAGAAAAGCUCAGAUAUAUAUACAGCACACUUACCAUAGCCUUAUGAGAUUCAUAUCAGUAUAUAAUAAACUAAUGUAAUGAGGACAGUUUUGUUUUUAAAACUCAGUUACUUCAUAUAGAUGCUGCUGAUAUUGACCAUUCACCAUUAACAGUAAACUCAGGAGAUGCUUGCAUCUACAAUGACCAAUAAUACAAAGGUUAGAUUGACCAAAUGCCACAAACUAGCAUGAAACUGCCACUGUCUAGAAUGAAAUGGAACUGGUCCAAUAUUUAAAGGAAUAGUUCACCCAAAAUGGAAAAUUCUAUCAUUUAGAUUUAUUUUUUUUUUUUUUAAAGAAUCAUUUCACAGCACUUUCCAUACAACAGCGGUUCAUAGUGACCAUGUCUGUCAAGCUCCACAAAGGACAAAAUAUCAAAAACGGAGUAGGUUGACAUUUCUUUAGCUAAAAUCAGUCUGGGCUUACCAAAUUGCAAAACACUGCCCCCAGUGGCCAGUGCGGAUGGGCGUAUAGGCAUUGGGUGAAAUGUCCACAGAGGGGCGCCAAAAGAGAUUUGUGAAGCGAGUUGCUUUCAGCUGUAAAGGCUGUAAUACAGUGAAGUGGAAUUCAUAUAUUAUAAGCUGAUCCCCCCAAACACACCCCAAACAUAAACCUAACCAUCAGUGGAGUGAAAAUGUAAUGUUAUUGGGAAAAAUGCAUCCUUCAAAUCGCACCCAUCACUAAUUAUGCAAACGCAAUUACAUCCUGGCGUCAACCUCAUCUGAACCCAGGUCUCUAACGCAACACACUUCCGGUCAUGCCACAUAGGAAGGUAAACACGUUGGAGCUGAUGCAAAAAAGUCUGAAAGGAGAUGCCGCUUGUUGGUGAGCCAGCAUAAUGUUGUAGACCCAGAAUACCGGAAUUAUCAGAAACAUCAUGCCGACUUCCUGUGUGAUCAUGAUGAAAAUUAGUUCAUACGACUUAUGUGUUAUAUUAAAAGAUUUCUGAAGUCAUAUGACAGCUUUGUGUAACGUGCUACUGAAAUUUUUUAGAAAUAUAUUUUUUUGACUGUUUUAUCAGUGGAACGGUCCAAAAACACUUUUAAAUAGGUUGAACAGUUUUUUUUAGAGACCGUACAUCUGUCCCUCACAGACUCAUUGUCAUUCCCAUCAAAAAUCAAAGAUGGUGCUGCUGUGAAUAACAUCUAUAGUUUUGCAUUUUCUAUCAAAUAUGAUACUCAAUGAUUGAUGGCUCCUUUUUAAAACUCUAUUUAAGCUGAUGAGCCAAACGACCUGUGGUAUGUAAGUUUCACAUGUUUAUGGCACCAUCUAGUGGUUAUUUGUGAAAAAAGCGGUUUCAAUGUUUAUAUCGAUCUAUUUAAAAUGGCGACGGACUUGAGCGUAACGUGACAUGUCACACAUUGUUACUUAUAUUUUAAAAUGAGUAUUUCCUGAAUAUAAGCAACUUGUGCUUGGUUAAAAUUUGGUAUAUUAUUUUAUUGAAAAUCCCCUUUGAAAUCCAUGUAUCAAAUAUGAUACAACAGGCUUUUGAGGAAUAUCUCUCAAUCAUCAUUACAUUACAUUUAUGCCCACCACAAAACAAAUCUGAGAUUUGACAAUUCUGACAUUUUAUAAGAUAUUUUUACAAUGUGAACUAAUAUUUCUGUGUAUUUUCAUAUAUGCAGCAUGCUCUGUCAUUAGAAAGAUCUCAUUAUUUUACUUUACAAGCUAUUAUGAUGUCAUCUCACCAUAAGUUCCUGAGACCCAGCGAAAAAAAAUCCCUUUUUUAAAUGUUAAUAUAGGGUUUUGUGCAAAAAAUACAUAUAAUAAAAAUAGUUUGAGAAAAUAAUAUUUUAUUCUUAUUGUAUUUGAUGCGCUGAAUUGAACUGUGAUACAUUUCAAUUCAUAUUUAUAGAAGGAGAGGAAGUUGUCAUGACCAAACUCUGAAAAGACCUAAUAAUAUCCCAAGAUUUACCACUGUAGAAAAACCUCAAUAACAAAUGUCUUUCACAAAAAUGAAUUGCUGGGCCUCAGGAGGAUAAUGACCUUUAUUAGCCUAAUGUAUCAAAUAUGAUACAUAAAGAAUAUUUAUUUUUUUAUAGUUCGUCUAAUGGUACUAAAAACUGAAUUUCCUGACAAUUCUCUCAGUUUUGUGGCCUUCAAAAUAGUUUGCAAAAGCAAUAAAACUAAUUAUGCUUCUGUCUGUAGAUUUUACUGUUGUAAACCCCUAGUUCAUUUUUGAAAGGGAUGGAUGAAAGGUAUUGCUAUGGAACCUAAAAUAAUUGUGAGGGAACGUGGGAACUUUUUCAGAAAAUAAAUUCUUCGGUGCUCCGAAAUGUUUUAAUCUGUACUCACAAAUGCAGUUGAAGAUGAUCAGUGAAUAAUGACUUAAAUCAGUUAAUUACACAAGCUGUUGUUUGACUUCAGAAGAACUGGAAUAUAGCGCACAAGACAUAUGGACAUCUUUUGUGGCAUGUUUUGGAGAUUGACAGAUGUGGUAUGAAUUGUCGUUGUUGCGUGCAUACCGAUUCUUCCACAGCAAAGUAAAAAAGACUGCAUACAGGUUUGGAACAACAUGAGAGUGAAUAAAUGAUUACAGAGUUUUUUAUUUGGGGCAGACUAUUCUUUUAAUUUGUUCCUGUCCUCUAUGACAUUUUACAUGAAGUGUCUCAAGCCUCCUUCUGACGAGCAUCCUUUUCCAAAGAAACACAAUUCUAAUCCACAGCUGUCAAAGCAAACCAAAUCGCCAGUGAUGAUGUCAUAUCAGCUCAACAGUGUAAACAGUCUUGCUAACUUCAAGUUGUAUACAUGUUUUUUAAACUCUGUUUCUGAGGUUUAUGGAAUCAACAAAGUUGAUAAAUUUGUAUAAUUUUUACUCUGAUAUGAAACCAGUUUUGUGCUUCUGGUCCUGUUAUUGUAAACUGAUUUGAAGAGUAGAAAAGGGCAGUAGACUGAACCGUUAGACCACACAAAUGCCACGUCUUUCUUAUCGGAGGCCCUGCCCCACACUCAAGCACAGUUUUAGACUUUUUGUUUGUUUCUUGAUGUUCUUGGUAAAUUUGAUAUUUUGCACUAAUCAUUUUUAUAAGUGUUUUAUUUGUGUCUUUGUUUAUUAUGUUUUGUUUUGUAUCUGUCAUCAAAUUUACACCAUGAUAUUAUAAUCUUAUCAAAAUAUUAUAAUAUUACAAAAAGUCGAUCAUACAAUUUUUACAAUCAUUUUUUAUAUACAUUUUAAUUUUUUUUUAUUUUAGAUGCAUUGUAAUGUGUUUAUUAUACAUGAAUUAAAAAAGAAUUCAAAUCUGAAAUAUAAGUAAAAGUGAAUCAGACAUUCUCAAACGAAUCCUUUCACAGGUGCAUCACAGAACCUGUGUGAGAACUCAGAUGUAAUGUGGUACUUUAUUAUUUCCACCCCUUCACUUAUAUCAGUGAACCACAAUGCUUUAAAUGUUGCAUCAGAUGACAAACCAUAGCGGUGCUGUCUAUGUAAAUAAUGAUACUGUUCGUGUGUGACAUGUAUGAUAAACAUGUUUGUUGUCUAAAAGCCGUUUAGAGUGUAUGACCCCUAGAAUCUGUUGUUUUAGACAUCUAGUGUGUAUAUGUCACAUGCUCGUCAUUUUGAUCAAUUUUGUCACUGGCACCAGACUUUCGUAUGGAUUUGAAGGCCUUUUAGAAUUUCAGCUGACUGCAAAUGGUGACAGAAGUCAAACUCAAUAUUCAUAGAAGCACAUGUUUCAAAGUGCCUUUGACAGACAGUACUUUGCCUUAAAAUGGCUCAGUAGUUGAUACACAAAAGUUUAGCUUUACUCUAGGUGUAUAUUCUGUCUAAUAUUGUGAUUUUGAUACACUUUUUUUAUUAAAUACUGCC